AUGGUGUCUCGUUUUAUUUUACUGCAUCUUUUUGCCUUUUCCAUAUGGCCCCAACAACUAAACCUCUUCACAUCGGCUAGCAUCUUGAACCCAUCCGAUAGUAAUGCCGCCCAUUACGAAACAACCACGAUCUUUGAGUUUCCCAGACCAACCUGGAUCGAGAACGUCGCUGUUCGUCAGAAUGGCAAGCUCCUAUGCACUCUCUUCGACCGACCCGAGCUGUACCAAGUUGAUCCGUUCAGUCAGCCUCCCAGAGCGACUCUCAUUCAUGAAUUUACCGCAAUGAAUUACACCAGUCUUUCGGGUAUUGCGGAGAUUUCGCAUGAUGUGUUCGCAGUAAUAGCUGGCUGCGACAACCUUACCACGCUUAAGACAGUUCCAGGAUCUUAUAGCAUCUGGAGAGUUGACUUUUCAAGAGCGUCCUUCAAUAAGAACCACACUCCUGCUGUGUCAAAGCUAGUCGAUAUUCCCUAUAGUGGAAACGGGAUGACUCUUCUUCGUACAUCUCCGCCUACAGUGCUCAUAGCAGACUCUACGUCCGGAGCAAUAUUUAGAGUGGAUCUUUCAACUGGUCAUUCGGAUAUUGUCAUCUCCGAUUCCGCAACAAUGACGGCGCCGACCAACUCUUCAAACCACCUAGGUAUCGAUGGGCUCCGGUACCAUGCCAAAGACGGCCAUCUCUACUACAGCACUCCUGAACGGGGCCUUUUCUGUCGUGUCCCGAUUUCAGGUCUUACCGGUGAGGCUACGGGGCCGAUUAGCGUGAUUGCAACAGGAGUAAGUGGCGAUGAUUUCGCGAUUGGUAUUGGUGGGAUAGCAUAUGUGACACAAAAUCCUGCGAACACGGUAGUUAGAGUCAGACCCGACGGUGCAGUCAGGGUCAUUGCUGGAGCACUUAACUCUACACUUGUAGCGGGAGCAACGAGUGCUAUCUUUGGUAGAACUUUGUUCGACGCAGACAAGCUAUAUGUUGUCACAAAUGGUGGACUAGCCAAACCAGUUGAUGGAAAUAUUGUCACUGGAGGAAAGGUUGUCAGGAUAGAUAGACUUGGAUUCGAACAAUGUUCGCAGCUUCUAUGA